AUGAAUGGGACAGCAGUGACUUUCUUCAUUAUUAAGGGAAUCUCCGAUAUUCCAAUUCUCCAAACUCUCACCUUUCUUCUGGUUCUUCUGAUUUACGUUAUCAUUCUUGGUGGUAAUCUGACCAUAUUUAUAGUGGUCUGCCUGGACCCUCAUCUCCAUACUCCCAUGUACUUCUUCUUGUGUAACCUGUCCAUCUUGGACAUAUCCUCCAGCACGGUCACUCUUCAUAAGACCCUUAGUAGCUUUUUAUCAGGGGAUAAAGCAGUUUCCUCACAUGUGUGUAUAUCUCAGAUGUUCAUCUUUAUAGCUCUGGUGGGUAACGAGUUGAUGAUGUUGACGGCCAUGAGUUAUGAUCGCUAUGUUGCUGUCUGUAACCCGUUGCAUUACUCCUUAGUCAUGGGCCCCGGCCUGUGUGCAGCUUUGGCCUGUACCUGUUGGCUAUUUGGCUUUAUAGAAUCGACUCCUCUUUUUAUUUUAAUUUACAGAUUUUCUUGUUAUAAAUCGAACAUAAUUAACCAUUUCUUUUGUGACAUAGUCCCCAUAAUGAAGCUUACAUGCAGUGACACCUCAUUGACCAACCUCUUGAUUUUUGUCUGUGGACUCUUCCUCUCCAUCUUCCCCUUUCUGUUCACGUUCAUCCCAUACAUUUUUAUUAUCGCUGCCAUCCUCAAAAUUCGUUCAAGUUCUGGAAAACAAAAAGCUUUCUACACGUGUUCUUCGCACCUUACAGUGGUCAUACUCCUCUACGUGACUCUUAUCUGUCAGUACAUGAGACCAGGGUCAAUGGACAAUUUAGAAUCUAGCAAGCUUUUCUCUCUGUUUAACACAGCUGCCGUUCCCUUGCUUAACCCAUUGAUCUACAGCCUGAAAAAUAAAGAUGUAAAAUCGGCGAUGACGCGUUUGUGGCAUCAGGUGACCCCAACAUUAAGCAAGGGUUUCUGA